AUGGCGCGCAGCAAAGCGAACAAGCGCAAACGGGCGGCUGCCCAAGAGAACAGCGAUUCCAAGUACAAACGUGCGAAGCUCGAUGACCCUGACACAGAAGAAUACAGCCCAGAGGACGGCGAGGUUCUGUCGGACUCGCCUGCUAGUGACAGGUCGAGUGUGAUGUCUCUCCGUCCGUGGAAGCCUAACAUCACCCAAGUGAGGAGGCAAGAACAGAAAGAACAGAGGGCAGCGGAAACGAAGCGCUCGCAGGAACAAGCAGAGGCGCGCGAGCAAGCGGAAGAACCCGCAGCAGUCUAUCCGACCACACUUCUCCUUGGCAAGAAUCCAAUUAAGACCUUGGAAAGGUUGUCGAGGAAUCCGACAGGCGUCCGCGACAUGGCACCGAGGCUUGAUACUCUGUAUCAUAACUCCUCGCAAUCCAUCUGGAAGGAAGUCAUCGAUCGAGAGAUGAACGAUGGCUUACGGCAGGAGCUCCAACUUCAGCAGGACCUUACCCCAACUCUGUCCCCUCGCGAAGUGCUACUCAAUAUUGCGACCAAUGGAUCAAGUUUUGUGGCGAUCAACGGACCACGUCACAGGGAGCAUGCUAAGGCAGUCUUGGCCGCGUACGUUGGCAGGGCAGAGACUGCUUGGUCAUACAACGGUAGAGUCCGCCCAGAAAAUCGACUCUCUUCUCGGACGGCCAUUCCUACGUAUGACAGUGGCAUGGUACAAGACGACGGCUCGGCAAGCGAAGCAUCUUACGACCCACCACCAGCAUUCAACUCUAUUAAUCAGACUGCAGCUGCUAACAACAGCUCGACAUCCAAUCUCCCACCACUGUCAUCGUACCCCAAAGCCUCCGCCUCGCGCGCCCCGCCACCAGCCCCACACCCCGAAUCCACCACCGCAGCUUCCAACACGAAGGCAAAGGCAGGGAAGCCAUUUCUCUCUGAGGACAAUGCUCUGCACCUCCUCGCGCAAUCGCCAGACAACAUCAUUGGCAACUUAAGAAUCUUCCCAAACGGCCUCGAAUACCGAAUGCUGGCUUUGAAGCUCAACGAGCUCCAUCGUUCCUCACCCGACCAAGCUCGUAUCGGUCUAAAGGGCAAGCUGCGUAAAGCAAUCGAGAAGCGUGAGAAGUUCGAGGGGAGACACCUCUCCACUGUAGAGCUGGUAUUGGAAGCGGCAAUCAAGGAAUCAGAACACAUGAAGCCCGCCAAGAAGUACUUGACCAAGUAUGCCAGGAGGGCAGAAAAUGGACGGUAUUACGCCGAUCCUCCGCCCCAGGCAGAAACACGCUUCUCAUCCCCAUCAGCUGAUGACGAAGAUGACGGCGAUAGCGACGCUGGUAUGGCAGAAGACGACGAGGCGGAGACUGAGGCAUCUUACGAUCCACCAGCAGCGUUCACCGCUGUCACCCGCCCGGCCACCUCCGCUCCGUCAGACCCCAAAUUCAGCAGCGCAGCCUCCUUCACCCCAACCCUCAAAGUCCACGAACUCUCCCCCCACGACCGCGACCUCCAAGAACGCUACUUCAACGCCUCCCCCGAGUCCGACGUCCACUGCCUCUGCUGUGCCGCCCUCGGCCACCUCGCGGACUUCUGCCCAGCCCGAGUCUGCGCGCACUGCCAAUCCGACACCCACUUCUCCUCCGCUUGCCCGACCCACAUCAAAUGCGCCCGCUGCCGACGGCGCGGCCACAAAGCCCGCGACUGCAAGUCCUUGACCUCCAUCGCUCCGGGCGGGCCCAACGACCCUUGCGACUAUUGCGGCGGGUACGGCCACGUCGAAGAAGUAUGUUCGUCGUUAUGGCGGAGCUAUGCCCCUGAUCCAGCGACGGUGAAGAAGAUCCCGAGCCACGAGAUGGUGCGGGCGUGCUUCAACUGUGGUAUGGCCGGGCAUUUUGGGGGCGAUUGUCCGGAUUUACCGCGGUUUCUGGCGGAGUCGAAGGGGCGGCCGCCGUGGUGUGGGGAGUGGGCGAGGGCGUUUACUUUUGAGGAGGGCGGUGAUGAUGAUGCUGGUGUGGGGGUGAUGGGUGAGUACGGUGCGAAUCGCGUGAAUCCUUCUUCGUCGUAUGGGCGGCAGGCGUGGCAGGUGGGGUUGUUGGAUGAUGGGAGGGAUUGA